CAGGAGCUCAUACGACUCCGGGAAGAACAGAGUUGAGUGCGAGCACAAUUGUAUCUCGGUGGGUCAUCUUACACAUACCGUUUGUGCUUUACAGGGGCACCGGAGGCGGCCAGCUGUCCGGCUACCGCGGCCGCAUCUUGCAGCUGACUGUGACCUCGAGGGUCGACGGUGCGCGAGGCCCUGUAUUUCGGCGGUCGGAAGCGUUGGUUCCCCCAGAGCAGAGCCUGCAGGCUCGUGCACUGUCUGGGGACUUCCGCCGCCCUCAGUCACAGCCCACACCGCCAAGGGUCUCAGUCGGGGACAUGCCGGGCACCAGCGGCUUGCAGGCGUUCGUGAUCCCUGCUGCGGCUGCCGCUGGCUCGUCCGAAGAGGAUGUAUCCCCAGCUCUACCCCAGCGCCAACGACGGCGGCGGCAGCAGACGACGACUGCUCGCAGUCUACUGCCUCGCGUGGCAGACCAGCAGCAGCAGACUAACACGCUCCUGGCACAGCUGCGCGAUGUGGGAAACCGGCAGGCCGCGGCGCUGGAGCUGCUCGCCGACAACACCAGGCGGCAGGGCGAGGCACUGCAGCAGCUCGCCGACGAGGCCAGGCGUCAUCGAGCAGCCGCUGAACGUCAGACUCGGAGUCUUGAUUACGUCAUGCGCGAGCUGUAGGGCAUCGGUGCCCUCGUCCGGGCCCUCACUGUGGCGCUUCAGCAGCAGCCACCUGCGCCAUAAUGUACAUUUGUAUAUCGUAUUUGUUUUUUUGUUUGUUAGCCAUCAGAAGCUGUGGUGUGUUUUUUGUAGUGGUGUCCUGUGUUUUUUUCUUUGUCUUGCGUAUUCCGUUUUUCCCUACAUAUCACGAGAUGUGAUUUGUAGGUAUGUUGCACUGAUGCCCUGUGAUUUUUUUAGUCAUAUAUUUCUUUGUUUUCCUUUCAUAUCACGAGCUGUGAUUUUUUUCUUCUCUUAUGUAUGCCUUUUUUUUCGCUUUCAUAUCACGGGCUGUGGUAUGUUAUUGGUUCGCUUCAGUGGCAUCCUGCAAUCUUUUUUUUAUGGUUUUCCUUUUUUUACGUUCAUAUCACGAGCUGUGGUAUGUUGGUUUCUUUUAGUGGCACCCUGCAAUCUUUUUUUCUUCACUUUCACAUCACGAGCUGUGGUAUAGUGCUUUGUUUCAAUGGCACCCUGCAACUUUUUUCCUGUAAAUUUUCUUUUCCUGCAUAUCAUAGGCACUGAUGUGCUGUUUCGUUAUACAUAGCACGAAGCAGUUGCAAUGGUAAAUCGUGCCCUGCAUUGUCGUUGUGUUUUUUGAUCUCAUCAUGCGAGGUUACGCAUUCAGCAGUUUCGUAGUACAUGUACCUACCGUGAUGCAGCGGGUGUAGAGGCUAUUGGCCGCAGCCUCCGCGAUUAGAUCCGGCAACGGCACGUUGCUUUAACGCGCCGUCGCUAAUCGCCGAGGCCGAUAGCCUCAACACCCGCCGAAUCAUGGUAGGUGACGCAGCAACGCAGUUUUCCGUCGCUCCGCCACGCGCUGCAGAUCCCGCAAACUUUUGCGGCCGACAGUACAUAGCACAGUAUGGUUGCAUUUAUGAAGCAUGUUUUGCAAUGUCAUUUUUUGAAUCUCAUCAUACAAUAAUACAUUCAGAAAACUUUGUAGUAUAUGUGCAUAGUGCAGUGUAGUGUAUUUAUAUGUUUACAGUGUAGAACAGUGCACUGUGUGUUUUCUAGUAAUUUUGACACAUGCUAAAGCAAGGAAGAGUGCUUGUGGAUAGUCUAGGUCGCACAACACUCUUGAAAUGUAGCAACACCCAAACAUUCAUUAUCUUGCUUAGAAGUGUUUAGACAACAGGAGUGGGUACCAACAGGAUUAAAUAAUAAGAGGAAACGUAUCAACAACCAACAACUUGCAGAUCAUACGGCUGUUCAGCAAUGAUGGUGAUGAAUUGCAAAAAAAAAACAUGGCUGAUCCCUCCGUCAUAGGAAUCGGUAUGACACGAAAGUGAAACGCGUCUUCACAGAAGUAGUGCUUAUUGUGUAGUGAUAUAUGAGAGCUUGUACAAUGUCUGUUCGUGUUUGGCAGCUAUAGCACCGUUUGACGUUGACAGCAUGUCUAUCGCGACGACUAACGCCCAUGAUCAUUAUUAAAUCGUUGUGGUAGCUGACGGUGUGAACAUAUAUUUGGACACAGCGAAUCGUGAAUCCUGCGUAAGGGUGAUAUCAACAAGCUCAUAAUCAACACUGGUACCCGGUAUGCGCUUCUUCAAAGCGUCGUCAAUUAAGGAGAGAAAUGACACGGUGUGCACUUUCUAGUAAUCGGUAGCCGACGCCUGUGCUCAUGCAUACAUAACACACACUGCGCUUCAGCAACACGGGAGGUAGAGGUUCGUAGCCUGAGCCGCAAACGCGUGCGUCCCGCUGGCCUCUGUCUCGCAAGCGCGGCUCUCGCUCCACCAAUUCACGACAUUCGCCCGUCGAAAUCGCGUCCUUUCUGCAACGCAUAUUGCAGCAGUUUUGUUAGUCGGUGCUCUCGCAAUUGAAGCAGUCGGCCGCGGAGAAAUGCCGUUGGUGCACGUGGAAGCUGCACUACUCCGAUGAGCCGACGCCCGCUAACACGAAGCGAAAGGCAAAGAAAGACCUUAACCAACGUAACUGCAUCAAAGGUGCCCCGGCGACGCCAGCGCGGCCAGUCUACCUCUCUGGUAUCGAGACGCUGUAACCAUGACCUCCGAUAUCGCGUGCAAUCUCGGAGUAAGCGCUAGUAAGUGUCGAUCGUGAAGCAUUACUUCUUUUCACAUCUCACAGACGGCGGCACCGCCCCACUCCGCCCGCCGCGAAAGAGAAUGUGUGAAAGAUAUAAGGCGCGUUCGCGCCGUGUCUUGCACCUCCCGAGUUAGCUUACUCGGUAGGGCGUCGGGCGCUUGCCGUCGCGGCCGAAACGUCGUGGGUUCGAUUCCCAGCGGGGUAUCUUCUUCUUGGUUUUUUUUCUUUCUCACCCGUUGGCGUCCAUUUUAUCAACGUCAUAUCCGUGACGGAUGUACUUGGUGGACCCCGGCAUAAAACACUUUCGUGUUAAAAAUUGAGUGAGUUGGGCCUACAACAACAAAUUAUGGCUAAAUAUAAUUAUGCCGAAGACAAAGAUUCAUGUUCAAUGGCCUGAAAAGAAUAAAAGUUCACAAACACAGGAAAACUACAAUCUAUCUAGGUCACUUACAAGGAAGCCUACUUUAAGUUAGGAAAUUUGCCAAAUAAUGAUGGGCUGAAGCGCAUUCGGCAGGCAUUCUCAAAUAACGAUGGGCAACGUGCUGUUGUCCAUAAAGCGAAAAGUGUAAAACUUCGCCAAGAAGUGAGGACCGAGCACUGCAUAGCUGAACGGAAAAUGUUCAGUGUGACAUUUACAGGUCUGAAAACAGCAGAAUCAGUCAUAGAAGAACGGAAGGCACCAGACAGUGUAGUUAACACUAGCCGAAUCAAAUGAACCUGGGCCAGCUUCCCAUGGUAUCGGACGUACAAUUGGUGAAUGUUUAAAGCAACGAAACGGUUACCACGAAAUAGGAAACGUAAACAAAGGUGGCUACAUUUACCAUUUCAACUUAUAAGUGAUGAUGUGGACUGAGCUCGUAUAAGAUAGGAUAAAUUGGAGAUCAGUAAUGGUUCAUCAUCCGGCAGUGGACAUUUGACGACGAAGUGCUCUUGUGAACAUUACAUGCAAUACUUCAAUAUGUGCAUUGAUGUUUACGACACUCGAAACAACAAAAGCCAGGGCCAUAUAUGUUCAUUAUGUGACAGUGCAUGGUACAUUAUCAUGGUGUUCUUUUUUUCUUUGUUUCAUUUUCUUUCUGACAAACGAGUCAAAAUCAACCACAUCGAAUUCGGGUAAAUUGAAUUAUCGUUUAUAUCUAAAUGUUUUUGUAUAGAAAAAUGUGUGGCUACAUUAAAAAAACAGCCAGAACAUAUGAUACAUCGAACAGGGCAGCACAAACCUCCCCAAGUGGUUGGCUCUCCAUCGCCAGAAUUUCGCUUUUCCUCAUGGAAAGGGGGCCUUCCCAAAUACAUUAGAAAAAGCGAUGUGAUUACGACGUUUCCACACGCAGCGAGUAGAAAUUAUUGCUUGCCAUCAAGUGCUUUCUACCAAAAUUUCUCGUCAUUGUGCCCACUUGGCGGAUCACAGUUCAUUUCUUUGCUCCUUUUGUUAGCGUGAUACGUGUCAUAAAAUUUAAAAGCUAUGCUGAUCUCUGCAAAAUUGGUGGUAUUAAUACAACCGAACAUGGGGAAAAGAAGCCUUCAUCUCCACCGUGUACAGCAUCCCAAGAAGCAUGCUCAGUACGAUUCUCAAAGACAAGGCAGACUAGAAGCUUUCAGAGCCGGAUGAGUACGUACAGCUGUCAUUGACGUGCACACCAUAUGUUCGCGUGUACAACUCACCCGUGCACAUAACUGUACGUCGCCAAAUGCAAAUUAUGGAAAAAUACAAAAUGAAAAAAUUCCCAUGCAUUGCCAUGACGGCGUCUUUCAUACAUUCUUGUAAAAUAGCUGCAGAAGGCCUACGUAUGCACCUAAGAGGCAGUAAAAUCUUCAACAGUUUUAUGUCGAGUUGUUCGAUAUGUCAAAGUAAUUGCAGUUUUUUAGCGAGUUCGAUAUAUCUGGGCUCAACUGUUCCUUGUUUUCAUGUACUGCAAUGACUUUUGUGUUGCGUAAUGGGCACUUUGUUAUAAAUUCAUGUAUAUAAUAUAAAAGGAAGAUACUUUUAUAUUUUCCUUUUCAUUAAAUAUGAGGGGCGUUCAUUUACUUUGCUUUAUAUGUGCAUUGCUCGCAAUACAAGUUAUGAAAUUUUUCUUCUGAUACCACCCAUGUCGUUCACUUCAUGUUUACCACGAUCCUUGUUGCACAAAAGCUAGACCAUGUUGCUGUCCUGCUGAAACAGCCUUUACAGGUAACCACUGUGGCUGUGAAUGGCACCGUGUGCCAAUCACAGCUGACCUCUCAUUUGUGCUUAGUGUGAACCACCAUAUGUUACAAGGGGGGUCAUACAUUGUAAGCUGAAUCCCGUUUCAUUAAAAACGUUAGAAGUGUAGUAAAAAAAAAUUGAUCUUUUUUUAAACAAGCUAGUGACAAACACAAUGAACAAAGGGAAACACGCACCGUGCAACGCUGCCAAGGCCGUUGCAGGCGGCGGCGUACCCUACGCAGGUGCUCAGCAUGCGAGCCCCGUGGUCCUCUGAACAGGUUAACCACGCGGUUGCGCUGCUGCUGGCCCCUCAGGUGAACCUGCUGUGGGGCUUGCACCCGUUGUGGUGGUAGCUCAGCUAGUGAUGGGGGCUCCUCAGCGUUGUCGCUGUCGUCAUCGUCGUCGGGGUCGUCGUCGUCCCCUUCGAGAGCAGGCUCACGUGCCGCUAGUGCAAUAUUGUGGAGAGCUGCGCAAGCAGCAAUGAUGGUGGCUGCUCGAUCAGGGUUGUAGAGCAGGGCCCGGUAACGCUGCAAGCAGCGGAACCUGCUCUUUAGGACCCCGAUGCACCUCUCCACAACACUGCGCAUGGCGGUGUGGGCCUUGUUGUAGUCGCUCUCAGGGGUGCCACUAGCUGGUCGUCCGGGCACUGGUGUCAGGAGCCACGGUUCUAAUGGAUAGCCAUAGUCUCCUGCACAAGAAGCAUGGCAGCUGUAGUGAUAUUGUCACGUGGCUGUGAUGUUGACAAAGGCAGCAGUCGGCAUGUUCGACUAAACUUUUUCAUUUUGGCGAACUUGUGCCCGAAAACUGAAAAUACAACAUGCAAGCCAUUCGCACUGUAAGCUGAUAGCGGCGUGAACAGUCCUCAGGUAAUUUGACUAUCGGUGGAACGCGUGGUCUUUUAUAAAGCAGUCAUCGAAACUUCCAGUGCUAUCGCUGGUGCUCGCAUAAGCUCUCGAAUGAACUUGACUAUUCGCGUCCUGCCUGUGACCAUAAAAUAAUGAAGCUUUCUAAGCAUUGUGACACGGUCUGUGCCAAGCGUUGAGAAAAGUUUUUGUGGCUGAAACUUAAAUACAUUAAAAUAAAGCAAUAAUCAUGCAUGGAAUUAUCAUCUUGAAUUUGCAAACACUGCCAGCACUUACCAAGCAAGCAUUCACCAGGCCGCAGUUCGGCUUCCAGGUCCCGACGGAGAGGGCUCCUCCGCCACACCCACGAGUCAUGGAAUGACCCCGGGAAACAUGGAUUUACAUCCAGAAUCCAGAGGUCGGCAUCAUAUGUCUGCAGAAUUCAAUUCAGCCAAAUUUGUACCCAUAAAAGACUUCGGAAAAACUCAUGUUAAUGUAACUACAUCUGUCUGCACUCUUACCGACUAUUCAAACACAGCUAUCAACGAGUCGUCGGCAAGGUAGGACUUAUACCAUAAGCUUGAACACGUGGGCUUGGGUUCGUCAAGGCAGUGUCAAAAAAGUAGUCUGCAUGCUUACUGAUUGGGACAACCCAGCUUCCGGCCACAGCAGGCUUUUAACCCAAUUGCUGUUGCAUGUUUAAGCCAAUGUAUCACAAACUACAUACAGCAUUAAAAGCUCCCAUCUGAAAAAGACUAAUGAAGCAAUACGUAUUUAAUGCACAGGAAUUUAUCCAUGACAACCAGCACGACAAUGAAGAAUGAGGACGCAGCACAGGGCAGCGAAUAUACUACGGCACAUUCUGGGAGGGCUACUCUCAACAAAUCCACAUAGAGAAUCAAGGCUCAGUGUACACAUAGCGAUCGAGUAGCGGUGAUUUUAUGCACUGCGGAGGCCGCUGAACCACAGUGCAGCCCGCGUCGAAUGCUUUCAUUGGUUAUCCUAACCGAGGUGCCCUGAAGGGCACCCACUCCCACUCUGGAUAGAUCGAAAAAAAUAUCGCUCCCGCAACGUUCUGUCGCAACAGUCGCAGUAAAGCGGAAAAUUUAAACAAUACAGAUGAAACAAUUCGCUACGUAUACAGUGCAUGAAUAAUACUCACGAUCAUGGUGUUCAAUGCGUAGAACCCCUUACGCGACAUGUAGUUCGCCGUGUCCGCGGGGCUCAGUCCAUAUGGCUUUUGGAUGGUGAUGAGGGUGCCAUCGACGCACCCGAGAAUACCAGGAAUCCGCCCGAGCCGAGCGAACGCCGCCUUUGCUCGCUCCUUCGCGUCCGUGGUCUCGGGAAAGGCCACCCACCGUUUCUGCCCGCCAACGACAGUAAUGGCGUGUGCCACCUCGUGGAUGGUUUCGCUGGCGGACGACUGCGACAGGCCGAUGAAUUCCUCGCUGCCGACAGCUCGCUGGAAGCAUCCGCUGGCAAAAAAUCUCAGCGCAGACAACACCUUCCGCUCUGUUGAAAUCCCACUGGCUCGUUGGCACCCUAUGACGGGGUCGAGUUCGUCGCACAACCAACGCACCGUACGUUUAGAGAAACGAAAGCGACGCCGGAAUUCAUACUCGCUCAUCUCAUCAAACGCGUUCCGCACCUCCAACCGCUCUGCAUCUUCGUCGAGAAACAACGGGAGAACACCAGCGACCGCCAUUUUCUCAAAAUGCACUGGCCGAAACCGCCGCAUCAAUCCAAUCCAUGCCGUGCGUAGCCGCUUGUUCGCUCGAGAGAACGCGCGCGAACGGACUCGCGCUCCGUUCGUUUGUAGCAGACGACAUGCUCGUUAUGACGCGGCAUGACGUCAACAAAAAAGAAAACAUCAAGAAAAAAAAAAGAAGUGGCCACACCCCUUAGAGUGGCGAGGAUUCUCCGGCUUCAGCCAAUCGCGUGCGCUCAUCAAAACGAACGCGAACGAACGGUGCAGAACAGAGAUCUCCGAUCGCCCCCC